AUGGCCACGGCUGAGAAGAUCGUCGAAUCACUGCCGGUGGCCGUGCCGACAAGAUCAGCAUCCAAGCGAGACACAAUCCCACCACAACAAGAACCAUCUCUCUCUCUCUUCUCUCUUCUUCGCCCUGUGUUUCGAUUCUUUGACUCCUCUCGUGGAUGGCGAAGAGGGCUUCCCUUCUUCUCCUUCUCCUCCUCCCUCCUCCUCCUCGUUGAUGAUGGCGGAUGCUGGGAUGAAUCCACGCUCCGGAGACCUCCGUCCACCGGAAAUGGCCUCUGCGCUCAGAUCCUACGGCCUUUGGGCUAUCCAUGCGAGGAACAUACUGUCCAAACAAAAGAUGGCUUCCUUUUAUCUGUUCAACAUAUCCCUCAUGGGAGAGGAGGCCUGAGAGGGAGUGUUGAAGAUGCCCAUCCUGUUUUCCUUCAGCAUGGCCUUUUUCAGGGUGGGGAUACUUGGUUUGUGAAUUCCGUAGAUGAGUCGUUGGGUUUCAUCCUUGCUGAUCAUGGCUUUGAUGUUUGGGUUGGAAAUGUCCGGGGCACACAUUGGAGUCCUGGACAUGUCGAAUUUUCUGUGCAUGACAAGGCAUUUUGGGAUUGGAGUUGGGAGGAAUUGGCUGAAUAUGACUUGGUUUCUAUGAUAAGCUAUGUAUAUGCUACAACACAUUCCAAAGUAUUUUUUGUUGGCCAUUCACAGGGAACUAUCAUGGCUUUGUCUGCUUUUACUUUGCCGGAUGCAGUUGAAAUGAUUGAAGCUGCUGCACUUCUUUGCCCAAUUUCCUAUUUAGAUCAUAUAACUUCACGAUUUGUGCUUAGAGCUGUCAGCUUGCAUUUGGAUCAGUUGUUAAUUACCUUGGGUCUUCAUCAGCUUAAUUUUCGAAGUGAUAUGGGUAUUCAGAUAUUGGAUUUGUUGUGUGAUGGCCAUAUGGAUUGUAAUAACAUGUUGGCUUCAAUAACAGGGGUAAAUUGUUGCUUCAACAUGACCCGGAUGGACUAUUAUCUGGAGUAUGAGCCUCAUCCAUCGUCAACCAAAAACUUAAACCACCUUUUCCAAAUGAUUCGGAAAGGCACUUUCGCCAGGUAUGAUUACGGAUUGUGGGGAAACUUGAAAAGAUACGGCAAGCUAAAACCACCAGCAUUCAAUCUGGCAGAUAUACCUAAAUCUCUGCCCUUAUGGAUGGCUUAUGGAGGCAAUGACGCACUUGCCGAUCCUGCAGACGUUAAACGCACCAUCAAAGGUUUGAAAUCUAAGCCUGUGUUACUCUACAAUGAUUCUUAUGGUCACAUCGAUUUCAUCAUGAGCGUUAAUGCGAAAGACGAUGUGUAUGCCAAUCUGCUUAGCUUCUUUCGUGCUCGGAGCUGGCUAAGUAGUUAUUAAUAUGAUCCCUUAAAGUAUCAUCACAAUAAAUUCUUACAUCAAUGCUUGUAUUUGUGUAGAAAUUUGCCACAACUUAGAUAAAAAGUAUUUUGUAUAUAUAGAAUACUGAAAAUUAUCUGUAUAUUAUGUAUUGAACUGAACCAUCUUCUUAUGUAAUUACAGAGUAUGUUUAUG